AUGUACCAGUUAAAAGCGGUGCAAAAUGAGGGAAAUGCGGAAGAGUUCUUGGAGAUGGCUCGUGAGAUGUCUGGUUACAAUGAAAUCGCGUUCCCACCCUGUUGUUGUACAACAAGAACAGCCAGUGAUGUCAUAAUGGUUGUGAGGUUUUCAUCCCUUUUGCUGACUGCGGACCCUCCAAGCUCUGAGAUGCAAGUCGAAAUUGCCUGGGAAGAUGUCAUUGAGUAUCACGUUGUUGAAGGAGGAAGGGCUUUUCAGUUCAACUUCAAGAGAGAGGGUAAACGAGCGAAGCCGAUAAAGUUAUUCAGUAAUUACGCGGACUAUAUGGCGGAAUGCUUUGCACAAAUCCUCUUCGAACGGCAGGUGGCUAGCAAUUGGAAGUCACGAGUUAUCUCUAAUUCAGUAGAAUCUAGUUCGGAUAGCCAAACUGAGGUCACUGCCACAUGA